AGCAGCAUCAUCCGCAGGCGGCGGCACGAUGGCGAUCGAUACGGCAGGAAAAUGAUCCAAGUGGGAGAUUUUUUUUGGGUAAAGCUCGACAAUGAAUUUACAGAGAAAAACGAGCUCUACGCUGAAUGACUCGGCGUUACACGAACACGGAAUAUAUGAUCAAAACUGCAACGUGAAGCUCUCCGAGUGCCUGUCCACCUGGGAGAAGUACACCUGAGACCUGGACGUCGGAUUGACCUCAACACAUCUUUCACGCUCUCCUACAACUAGGAACCAGAGGAGGCAGCCAUAACGCUAGACGUGUCCUUUUGUGUCCUGACCUGAGGAUGCCUCUGUGACUCGUCCAUGUUGAAAUCAGCGUCUGAGCUUCUGCUGAGUCAGCAGGGGGGGGCAGGCGACAUCAUGGAUGUUGCUAUGGAAGACCAACUUCUGGAAGAAAACUCAAUGUUUGGUCUGAAACAGUAAAAAGAAAUCAUGUAGAAAUUCCUGCUGGCUGAUAUCCAGAGAAAAAAGCAGCAAUGGCUUUCUGUAAUGAAAGCCUGCUGGAGGAGUGUGUCUUCAUGGAUCCGGACAGAGCGGAGAGUCCCCCGUCAGACGCCCCUACACCCGUCAUAUCAGUCACUCUGCGUGUGACCCUGGCUGCCAUAAUGAUCUUCAUGAUCACCAUCGGUUUCCUCGGCAACGCCAUAGUGUGUCUGAUCGUGUACCAGAAGCCGGCCAUGCGCUCCGCCAUCAACCUCCUCCUCGCCACGCUAGCCUUCUCGGACAUCAUGCUCUCGCUGCUCUGCAUGCCGUUCACCGCCGUCACGGUGGCGACGGCCGACUGGAGCUUCGGCAGCGAGUUCUGCCGGGCGUCCAUCAUGCUGUACUGGCUGUUUGUGUUGGAGGGCGUGUCCAUACUGCUCAUAAUCAGCGUGGACCGCUUCCUCAUCAUCGUGCAGCGGCAGGACAAGCUGACCCCGCACAGAGCCAAGCUGCUGAUCGCAGGUUCUUGGGUGCUGAGUUUGUGCGUGUCUCUGCCUUCUGUGGUCGGGUGGAGGACGGGCGUGGCAGGGGUCGGGGGUUCCUGGGCGCCGCAGUGCGUGCUGGGAUACAGCGACUCUCUUGCGGACCGUGUGUACACAGUGCUGCUGGCGGUCGCCGUGUUCUUUGUACCAUUCGCCGUCAUGCUGUACUCCUACAUGUGCAUCUUAAACACAGUGCGCCGCAACACCCUGCGCAUCCACAACCACACCAGCGAGCACUCCUGCCUGCCCGCCCUCAACCAGGUCAGCAAAAUGAGACUCACCGGGCUGCAGAAGCCGCCUCAGAUCAAGGUGGACAUGAGCUUCAAGACGCGAGCGUUCACCACCAUCCUCAUCCUCUUCGUGGGCUUCUCGGUGUGUUGGCUGCCGCACACUGUGGUCAGCCUGCUCGCCGUGUUCAGCCGGCGGUUCUACUACAGCUCCAUCUUCUACCCGGUCAGCAUCGGCGCUCUGUGGCUCAGCUACCUGAAGACGGUUUUCAACCCGGUGAUCUACUGCUGGAGGAUCAGGAAGUUCAGGGAGGCGUGUCAGGAGUUCAUCCCCAAGAGCUGCAGACUGUGUCCCAGAGUGCCGGGCAGGAGCCACCGGAGAGUAAGGCCAAGUAACAUCUACGUUUGCAGCGAGACGCAGUCAGCGGUUUAAAAACGACAAAGAUGCAAAAAAAAGCCAGCGUCCUUUGUUGCAGCUGAAAACUGUUUUUAACUUUUCUACACAGUAAGCAAUCAGAGGCUACUCAAGUUUAGCUUUAAAGAAAACAAACAGGGUUUUAACAUCUUACCACAAGAAUGAAUUUUCUCAGUUGAAGAUGCUCUUGUUGGUUGAACGUCAUCGCCUUCACUUCACAGGGGCGGCUGUGGCUCAGUUGGUCGCCUCUCAACCGGAAGGUCGAGGGUUCGAUCCCCAGCUGG